AUGUCUUACUACUUUGUCAUCAUUGGUACCAAGGACAACCCAUUAUUCGAGCAUGAAUUCGGAACAUACAGGCAAGGCGGAGACGGCAUCUCUCGAUUCCGCGAAGACACUCGUCACAUGAACCAGUUUGUCGCGCAUGCAAGUCUGGAUAUCCUAGAAGAAGUCCAAUGGGCAGGUGGCCAAAUGUACCUAAAGACCAUAGACCGGUACCCGCCAACGGGAAGCACAAUAUCUGCCUUCAUCACUGCUGCCAAUGCCAAAUUUCUCCUACUCCACCAACCGAAUAACAUUUCUACCACUUCAAAUCCGUCCUCUCUGACAGCAAACCGUAACGCCCCUACGAGUACAACACCAGCUGCGACAGACGAGGCAAUCAAGAACUUUUUCAACGAUGUGUAUGAUUCCUGGGUCAAGACUAUAAUGAACCCAUUCUGGAGAGUAGACACACCUGUUCGCAGCCCAGUUUUCAGGUCACGAGUCGCUGCUUCGGCAAAGAAAUACCUAUGA